GAUCUGCCAGGACUUGUAGCUUAGGACAUAUGAAGCCAUUGCUCGAUGCGUGUAAUAACCACCGUUGAAGCGGCCUCUCAGGCCUCCGCACGGAUGAACAUCCUGAAGAUCCCCUGACGCCGUCCUGACCCUAUGUAUUUAGUGAUCAGUCGGCAGGAAAAGGGGCAACCCUAACCCCUCUUCCGUCCCGGCUAAAAGGUCAAGGUGGACCGACCUCCACGAGUUUGAGUCAAGUCUUUGAGAGUGAAAAUUCAAACACACACUCUCUCACAUAACGCGUGUCCUCUCGACUUCAACAGUCUGCACGCCAACAACAUCAGCAGCCACCAUGUCUCACGACCACUACCUCACCCUGUCCUGCCCCGACAAGCCGGGCAUCGUGCACGCCGUAACAGGCAUCUUCGCACGCGAGGGCCUCAACAUCCUGUCCCUCCAACAAUUCUCCGACCCAACCACGCAAAAAUUCUUCAUGCGUGUGCACUUUGGCCCUACGCCCUCCGAGUCGACCUCCUCCCUCCGCCCAGCCUUCGACUCUCUCGCCGCAGACUACCAAAUGACGUACGACAUCCGCCCCGUGGCCCAAAAGCCCCGCGUGCUCAUCAUGGUGUCAAAAAUCGGCCACUGUCUCAACGACCUGCUGUUCCGCGCGAAAACCGGCCAGCUGCCGAUUGAGAUCCCAUUGAUUGUCUCCAACCACCCGGAUUUUGCCCCGUUGGCUGCGAGUUAUGGGAUUGAGUUCCGCCAUUUGCCGGUUACGAAAGAGACCAAGGCAGAGCAGGAGGGCAAGAUUCUCGAGUUGAUCAGGGAGAGGGAGAUUGAGUUGGUUGUCCUGGCGAGGUACAUGCAGGUGCUCAGCCCGAUGUUGUGUGAGGCAAUGUCGGGCAGGAUUAUCAAUAUCCAUCAUAGCUUCCUGCCGAGCUUUAAGGGGGCGAAGCCGUACCAUCAGGCUUAUGAUCGCGGGGUGAAGAUUAUUGGUGCUACGGCGCACUUUGUCACGGCGGAUCUGGAUGAGGGACCGAUUAUUGAGCAGAGGGUUACGAGGGUUGAUCAUAGCUUGAGUCCGAAGGAGUUGGUUGAUGAGGGAUCGAAUGUGGAAAGUCAGGUGCUUGCGGCGGCGGUUAAGUGGUAUGCCGAACGCAGGGUGUUUCUGAAUGGAACGCGGACGGUGGUUUUCUAGGUGCGCUGUCAAAAAUGGGCGGACUGUACGUUAUCCCGCAGGGACAGAAAAUGCAGUGGUGUAGGUAGGUAUCUACAAAACCUGUAUGGGGGAGAGGGUUGCCAUUGGGGUUUGGGCAAAUCUGUGUUGGGAUUAUCUAUGGCGGGGCGAAUGAGGGCAGUCUGGUUGCGAUUGAAACCGUAUCUGCCUGUUUCGUCGACGUCAAUGAAAGAUUGCUGUACUCUGGGAUCAAAUAUCCCAGAGCCUUGUUAGGUCAGGAGGUAGGCAACGUUUUGCCCAUGGGCAUUGGCCGUCACCUACCCCGUGCUCUGUUAAAGCAUUGGAGGAAUCCAACCUGUUUGUUCUCUCUGGGCGGUCCCCUUGCCAAUUGAUGCAGCCGAGGGUUGGCACACAACAUACGAAUCAAAGACGUGAAAACGACCUAGUGUACGGCAGUGUUCUACACAGCUUCCAUCCAGAACGAAAUAGAUAUCUCCGAGAUCC